AUGGCGGAAUUAAACGGUGCUCCAGCAACGCUAAACACAAUGGCUGAAGAAGUUGUAGUGCAAAAUGAUUGUGAGUAUAACGUCACUAGUCCUGCACCGCCUGCAGAUCAAAAUUUACAAAUAAAUCUAGAUGGCGACGGUGGCAGUCUCAGCGCACCACAAGAAUUGCUAAUCCAUAGCAGAAAAAAACAGCUCCGUUUACAGCAACUAGAAGAGACCCUGCGUUUAAGAGAAGAGUAUUUACGGGAAAAAUUUCGCAUUUUAAACGCAGAAGAUGCAAACGAGGAAAUAGAAGGUCCAUGUGUUAUUGGCCCCACCAAAAUGUGUGGAACUAAUGUGAGCGGUAACACAGCAUUUUCUCCUACUCCAAUGCAGCCUGUACAAAAUAACAGAACCAACAUAUGUCCAGCGCGUGAGGUACCGGUACAUACGGUUAUGCAGUCACCACGUCAGCCGUCGACGCGGACUGCGGCAGAGCGUAGUCAGGCCUUACAUGUAGACUGCAACGGUAAUUCGCCAAACAUAUUUACAACAUUCACAGCACCAACAAGUACAGCACGUUCGCCAAAUCAGGUAUUCGCAACUCAAUCAGCCGAUACCUGUAAUUUGACGACUUCGCAGUUUGCAGCGCGGCAAUGCGUGCCAAAAGACUUGCCGGUAUUUAGCGGUGACCCCCAAGAGUGGCAUAUUUUUGUUAGUGCAUAUGAACAGAGCACGCAAAUGGCUGGUUACUCUCAUCAUGAGAAUUUAGUUCGCCUUCAAAAAUGUCUACGUGGUAAGGCUAGGGAGGUCGUGCGCAAUUUACUGGUAUUACCGGAGAUGGUACCUGAUAUUAUAAAUACGCUCAGAAUGUAUUUUGGACGUCCUGAGCAAAUACUUAGAAUACUUAUUGAUAGGGCGCGUCAAUUACCAUCGCCUAAGGGUAAACUUGAUCUACUCAUCGACUUUGCAUUUGCUAUCAAGAAUAUAGUAGCAAUAAUUCAUGCAAGCAAACUAAGCGGUUACCUCAACAGCCCAUUACUAUUGCAGGAAUUCGUAGAGAAGCUCUCUCAGGAGUCAAAACUUAACUGGGCAAUUUAUUCAACUGGCAUGAAUAACCCUUGCUUGGAAGAUUUUUCUACCUGGUUGUCCACAUUGGCUGAAGCAGCUUGCCGUGUUACGAAUCCGGCAUCACUCUCAGAGAAACUUAACAAGCGUGAAGCUCAUUUGCACACGCAUAAAUCUGAUGCCGUUUUAAAACAAUACGAAGAAGCAAAAUCUAUGCCCAGAUGCGCAGUAUGUAAUAACCCGCAUAAGGUUCCUCAGUGUGACCGUUUUAAAGCACUCACUAUGAAUGAGAGAUGGGACUUUGUUAAGAGGAAAAAUCUAUGCCGCCAGUGUUUGGGAACACACUCUCGCCGCUGCUGGAGUAAUAAGUCGUGUGGGGUGGAUAGCUGCACAAUACGUCACCACAAACUCCUUCACAAUUCUGAUGCUAACAAAAAUAGUGAAGUUUCAACGAUGCUGAAUAACCACCGUUCGAUUUCCAGCGACAACACCACAUAUUUUCGAAUCUUGCCGAUAGUUUUGUAUGGAAGAAAUAAAACAAUAUCCACAUACGCGUUUAUGGAUGAUGGAUCUACACUAACACUUAUAGAUCAAACACUUGCAGAUGAAUUGGGUGAGGCUGGCGUUCCCGAUCCUCUAUGCAUUCACUGGACUGGAGACAUAAACCGAUAUGAAGCUGAUUCGCAACGACUCGAUUUACGAAUUUCAGGUAAUAUUCAAGGUGCGAAAAUAUACUCACUCCGAGGUGUUUACACGGUUAGUAGCUUAAAUAUGUCAUCAUCAACAUUGAUUGCUGACCAAUUGAAAACAAAAUAUGCACAUUUAAAAGGCAUUCCCUUGCCAAACUUUAUUGACAUAGUUCCUAAGCUAAUUAUUGGUGUAAAUAACCCCAAUUUGAUAAUGGCACAGAAGGUACGUGAAGGUGGAUGGCAAGAUCCCGUAGGGGCGAAAACAAGAUUAGGGUGGACAAUUUUUGGUGGCGGUAAUAAUCAGAGUAAAGGUAACGGAUUAAACUUACAUAAAUGCGACUGUGAGAGCGAUAACAACUUGCAUGAACUCGUUAAGUCUUUCAUGUUGAAUGAAAAUAUUGGAAUUUCAGUGCCAAAGGUAAAUCCAGUUUCAAUGGAAGAUCAACGAGCCAUAGAAAUUUUGGGUAACUGCGAUUUGCAUGAGGGUCAGUACACCGCGAGCUUGCUGUGGUCAAAUGAUAAUAUACGAUUGCCAGACAGCUUGCCAACAGCUCUUAGUCGCUUUAAGUGUCUGGAACGUAAGUUAUCUAGCAAUCCUGAACUACAACGCAAUAUGCAGGAACAAAUUGACAACUUAGUUAAGAAAAAUUAUGCGACCAAGUUACCGAACGAAGCUAUAAAUGAUCGUGGUGACAAAAUUUGGUAUUUGCCGGUUUUUAUUGUCCGCAAUCCGCACAAGCCAAAUAAAAUUCGACUUGUGUGGGAUGCAGCCGCAAAAUCUAGAGAUGUAUCCCUAAAUAAUUUCUUACUGAAAGGGCCCGAUAUGUUAACUCCACUAGUAAAUAUAUUAUUCAACUUUCGAAUGGGUAGAAUCGCAAUAUGCGGUGAUAUCGAAGAAAUGUUCCACCGCAUUAAGUUACGACACCCAGACGCAGAUGCUCAGCGUUUUCUCUGGCGUACUAACAUGAAUGAUCCGAUAAACGUUUACAGGCUCAACGUUUUAAGUUUUGGUGCUUCUUGUUCUCCAUGUAUAGCGCAUUACGUGCGAGCUGCUCAAAAUUCUCAGGUAGCGUGUGCAAUAAAGAAUCACCAUUACGUCGAUGAUUUUACUGAUUCGGCUCGAACCGUCGACGAAGCUAUCAAAUUGGCAAAAAAUGUUCGAGAUGUUCACUCUAAAUGUGGUUUCAACAUGCGUAAUUGGUCAAGCAAUUCGCCAGAUGUUUUAGCAGCGCUUAAUGGAGAUGGGGAGCCACAACUUAAAUCAUUUGACUGCAGUAAGGAUGUCAUAAAUUUCGAAAAAAUACUUGGUAUGUACUGGGAACCAAAAUCCGAUACAUUCAGCUACGUGCUCAAAUUUGUUCGGCUUAAGCGCAAUGUAUUCGCGGACAGGGUCGUCCCUACAAAGAGAGAAGUAUUGCAAGUGCUCAUGUCAGUUUUCGAUCCGCUGGGACUAGUAGCUUGCUUAACUUCAUAUCUAAAGAUUCUUAUUCAAGAUAUCUGGCGAAGUGGAAUAGACUGGGAUCAACCGUUAAAUUAUGAACUUUCAUUGAAAUGGAAAACUUGGAUUGAAUACAUUUCCGUUAUUACUAGCGUGUCGGUACCGCGUUGCUACUCUCCACUCCUUUACGAGGAUGACUCUGGAGGUCACGUCGUCAGUAGGUUGGUGGCAGCUAAAGCAAAGGUCGCACCGUUGCGCCCGCUCUCAAUACCACGACUGGAACUACAGGCUGCGGUAAUUGGUGCACGUUUAACAAACAUGGUUGAGGAAGCACAUCAUAUAAAAUUUGAGAAACGUUGCACCUGGAGCGACUCAAAAACCGUUCUAAAGUGGCUUCAUGGUGAUCUGCGUAAAUUUCAACAAUUUGUAAUGUUUCGUAUCGCUGAAAUCCAAAAAGCAACUGCUAUCAGUGAAUGGCGUUGGAUACCAACAAAAAUGAAUGUCGCUGAUAUUGCUACGAAAACGAGGCCUUGCAUUGAGGUAGCUCAUCAGUGGAUAAAUGGUCCCGCUUUCCUUACUUUACCUACUAAAGAGUGGCCGGAACAAGAAGAUCUGGAACGUGAACUUGCUCACAAAGGUAUCGCCUGGAAGUUUAAUCCACCAGCUGCACCUCACAUGGGUGGAGCAUGGGAACGCCUAAUAAGAACAACAAAGGCAGUGCUGUAUAAGAUUUCGCCGUCGCAGAGAUUCUCUGAUGAAAGUUUACGUUCGGCUUUGCUGGAGGUGGAGAUGAUCAUUAAUUCUCGACCGCUGACAUAUCUAUCGCUCGACUAUGAAGACCAGGAACCGAUUACCCCAAACCAUUUUUUAUUGGGCAGUUCAAAUGGAGCCAAGCCGUUUUGUAAACCUGAAGAAAUUAGCUUAAAAAUGAAUUUACGUCAAAGCGAGAUAAUUGCGAAUUUAUUCUGGCGUCGAUGGGUACGUGAAAUGAUUCCAUCACUUACACGUCGCAGUAAAUGGUUUGAAAAAGUGAAACCCAUAAGCGAGGGUGACAUCGUAUUGAUUGUCGAUGAAAACGCAGAAAGGAACACUUGGCUAAAAGGUAUAGUCGUCGAAACAACGAUGGCAAAAGAUGGACAAGUAAGGCGUGCUAAAGUAAAAACGAGGCAAGGUGUUUUAGAACGACCAGCAGUAAAGCUUGCAGUGCUCGACAUCGGCAAAGACAAGGCAAGCUCCGAAGAUUCGUCCGCUUACCGGGGGGACAUUGUUGCCGACUUAAGCAACCCGUAA